AUUGCCAAAAUACCCCCCACACUCCAAAAAAAAAAAAAAAAACGCGCUUACAUUUUCUUCAUUACUUUGUUGUGCGUUAGUUUUCAUCUACUUGAGCAUAUUCCGUAUCCUACAGAAACCGACACCAUCUUUGUUGGGGUAAACUAGCACACUGGUCAUAGGCUUGAAUAUCAUGUCAUUUGAUUUUCCUGUGAGGGUAUAUCUCCGCAGUCUCCAGAGAUGCUAACCCUUGUGGGUUGGAAAGAAGGAAAAACACACUUUGAUAACUUCAAAAUCAAAGCCUUUAACUUAAAAGUUCACACUACUCACAGCAAACCUCAGGUUGGACACCACUGCGUAAUAAAAGGAACAUGUCCUUGGCACCAGAGCUGAGUUGUCCUACAGUCCCACUUUCCAAUGGCUUGCAGAUACCGAUAUUUGGUUUAGGCACAUCACAUGACGGCGGAUACUCUCAUGAUGCCAUUGUGUAUGCACUCACUGAGUGUGGCGUGCGCCACAUUGACACAGCAAAGCGCUACAGCUGUGAAGAAAAACUGGGCAAAGCUAUCCAAGAAAGUGGGCUAGCACGGAGUGAUCUGUGGCUCACCAAUAAACUGUGGCCUGGAGACUACAGAGAUGCAAAGAAGGCCUGUCUUGACUCCUGCUCGCUGAUGGGGGUGGAAUAUUUUGAUCUGUACCUGAUGCACUGGCCAGAGUCAUUCCCACCAGGUAAUUCUAACAGGGAGAUGAGAGCUGAGACCUGGAGAGCUUUGGAAGAGCUUUAUAAAGAAGGGGUGUGUCGUGCUAUUGGAGUGAGUAACUUCAUGGUCCACCACCUGGAGCAGUUAAAGGAAGAUUGUAGUGUGAUUCCACAUGUUAAUCAGGUGGAGUACCACCCUUUCCAGCAGCCCAAUCACCUGAUAGAGUACUGUCGUCAGGAGGGGAUUGUGUUUGAAGGGUACAGUCCACUGGCCAAGGGUCAAGUCCUCGGCAAUCCCACUGUUCUCCAGAUAGCAGAAAAGCACAGACGCACACCUGCCCAGAUCUGCAUUCGCUGGAGUAUUCAGAAUGGAGUUGUCACAAUACCAAAAUCCACCAAAAAGGAGAGGAUGCAAGAAAACUGUCAAGUGUUUGGGUUCCAGUUGGAGCAGGGGGACAUGGCUGCGUUAGGAAGACUGCAUGAUGGAAGACACGUUACUUGGGAUCCAACAAAUGUGGAGUAACAAUGUGUGGGAAAACAAAUUAGUUCUCUGUUCAUUAUCUUUAGAUGUUUGCCUGAAAGGAGAGGCCGCUAUGAUGUGAACUUUUCAUUUCAACUACUUCUUCUGGAAAAGAUAAACACGAGUGCUGGAAAUCUCAAGUGCCUUGCUUUAUAGAAACGUCUUACUUUUUAAAAAAAUAAAAAUCAAGACAGACCACAUGAUCAGAGAAGAAAUUUCUUUGGAUAUUGAAUUGGAUAAAGAGUUGCUCAUUCAACUCUGUAAUAAUUUAAGUGUUAAGUGACUGUUUAAUGAAUAAUGCUUAUAUACUUAAGACAGAGCGAACAGUGACAGAGAGAACUUCACCUAUGGAGGUCAGAGAAAAGAUUUUCAGCUACUGCA